UCAUGUCAUUUAACCUUGAUACUGUUAAUUAAUCGUGCUUAUUGUUUCAGGGGUAAAUUUGCCGCGGUGCGAAGGGCCAAUCACAGGGCGACGGGCGUGUCGUACGCGGCGAAAUUUAUCAAAAAACGACGCCGAGCCACCGACAUAACUAAGGAGAUAUACCACGAAAUUGCCGUACUUUUGCAGUGCGAGUCGAGCGGACGAGUGGUACGACUACACGAGGUAUACGAAACGACUUUCGACAUGGUUUUAAUAUUGGAACUGGCCGCCGGCGGCGAGCUUCAGCGAAUUUUGGAGGGCGACGAAUGCCUAGGCGAACUCGAAGCGAAGAGGGCGAUGCGACAGAUACUCGAAGGCCUCUCGUAUCUGCACGAAAGAAACAUUGCACAUCUGGACCUGAAGCCACAAAAUCUACUGUUAACCGUUGAGAAUAGCUGCGAGGAUAUCAAAUUGUGUGAUUUCGGCAUUUCCAGGGUAUUAGAGAAGGGAGUUGAAGUUAGAGAAAUAUUAGGUACAACAGAUUAUGUAGCUCCAGAAGUAUUAAGUUACGAACCAAUCACAUUAGCAACCGAUAUAUGGUCAAUAGGAGUGUUAGCCUACGUUCUACUUACCGGAUAUUCACCGUUUGGUGCUUCGGACAAACAGCAAACCUUCCUAAACAUCUCAAAAUGUGCCUUAUCCUUCGAUGCGGACCUUUUUGAAGACAUUUCCAGUACCGCAAUUGACUUUAUAACCACAGCUUUGGUCGUAGACCCCAGAAAGCGACCCACAGUAGAACAAUUGCUAGAUCAUCCCUGGAUUUCUUUCAAAUCGAUUAUAUUCCCGCAAAUCACCAAAAAGACACCCGAAAUCCUUAGUGUAACGCCGAAAUCUACGCCUUUAAGUCAACGUAAAACGCUUCCCUGUGUUACUUCGGACACUCCGAAAUCGCAGCGUAAAACCUACAGCACGGACAAUCUAAACGGCGCGUACACAGAGACGCCGACCCGUACGUACAAUGUAUCGACAAACUGUUUGUGUCCACAAUGCGGGACGACCUGCAGACAUUUGCCUCACGCGCCUGUGUCAAAAACGCCUAUCACUGUGGAUCGUGGCAUUCUAUGCUAGCAUCUAACGACAAACUGGUGUUGCAUUUCGUAACAGCUUUGGGGCAGACUUUGUGAAUUGUGAUCGUUAAAGUCUACUGUGUUUUACUUUUUCGGUAUUAGGGAAAAUUUAGAUGGAAACGGCUGAGACAA